GGGAUUGGCAGAAAGGGGUGGAGGACACCGAAUGGAGGCCAGUGAUGGGAUUGGCAGAGAGGGGUGGAGGACACCGAAUGGAGGUCAGUGGAGGGAUUGGCAGAGAGGGGUGGAGGACACCGAAUGGAGAGGGGUGGAGGACACCGAAUGGAGGUCAGUAGAGGGAUUGGCAGAGAGGGGUGGAGGACACCGAAUGGAGGCCAGUGAUGGGAUUGGCAGAGAGGGGUGGAGGACACCGAAUGGAGGCCAGUAGAGGGAUUGGCAGAGAGGGGUGGAGGACACCGAAUGGAGGCCAGUAGAGGGAUUGGCAGAGAGGGGUGAAGGACACUGAAUGGAGGCCAGUGAUGGGAUUGGCAGAGAGGGGUGGAGGACACUGAAUGGAGGCCAGUGAUGGGAUUGGCAGAGAGGGGUGGAGGACACUGAAUGGAGGCCAGUAGAGGGAUUGGCAGAGAGGGGUGGAGGACACCGAAUGGAGGUCAGUAGAGGGAUUGGCAGAGAGGGGUGGAGGAC